AUGUCGGGCAAUUACGAUUCCUGGGAAGACGCUGCGGCACAGGAUGAAGACCUUUCAAAGCAGACACAAAACCUGAAUUUGAAUGCCAACACUUUCAGGCCCGGAGCCUCUUCUUUUCAGCCUGGUGCUUCCUCCUUCCAACCCGGCCAGCCUUUCCCGCAGAAUGGCUACCAGAAUUAUGGUUACGGCCAACAGCAGGGCUACAACCAGUACCCUCAGUAUGGCCAAGGCCAAGGCUACGGUCAAUAUCCCCAGUAUCAGCAGCAGCAGCAGCAGCAGCAACAACAACAGCCAAAUCUGGGCUACAAUCAAGGCUACAGCAGUGGCCAAUUCGCCGCUUAUAAUCAGACGCCUGGAGGCUUUCAACCACGACAAGGGGCCCCUAUAAGCAUUGCCAAAAAAUCAGACCCCCAACCAUCAGCAGCGCCCGCACCGAAAUCCACAACUCAACCAGCGCCGGCUCCCGCUGCUACCUCUGCUGCCACCCCCUCGGCACCCAAAGCACAGCCAGCCGCGGCACCCCCCAAGGCUAAAGUCUUGUCCAUUGGUAUCCCCACAUCGACAUCAUCGCCCAAGAAACCUGCCUCUCCCACGACCAAAGAACCAUCAAAGGCUGAAGCAAAGGCAGAAGCAGGAUCCAAGGUUAUUGCAGCAAAGGCCGUCGAGAAGACUGGUGAAAAGGUGACGGGGAAAACCUCUCCAGCACCUUCCUCCGGCAAAUCAUCCCCUACGCCGGCUGAGUCCAAGAAGAUACGAACAGCAGAAGAAGUUGCUCAAGAACAGACGGCCGACGUUGAAGCGUCAGUUCUAGAGGAAAUGUACGGGAAAGAACAUGUCAACAUCAUUUUCAUCGGGCAUGUCGACGCUGGAAAAUCGACGUUGGGUGGCCAGGUGCUCAUCCAGACUGGUAUGGUGGACGACCGUACCUUGGACAAGUACAAGCGGGACGCAAAAGAUGCCGGUCGAGAAACCUGGUAUAUCUCCUGGGUGUUGGAUUUGAACAAAGAAGAACGAGCAAAGGGAAAGACUGUGGAAGUUGGGCGAGGCUUCUUCGAAACCGAAAGGCGGCGAUACACCAUUCUCGAUGCCCCUGGCCAUAAGACAUACGUGCCGAACAUGUUGAGUGGUGCGGCACAGGCAGAUGUGGCAAUCCUGGUCAUUUCCGCCAGAAAGGGUGAAUUUGAAACCGGAUUCGAAAAGGGCGGGCAGACACAAGAGCACGCCAUGCUGAUCAAGACAACAGGCGCCAAAGAACUGGUUGUGGCGGUCAACAAAAUGGACGAUGUCACAGUCAACUGGUCGAAGGAAAGGUACGACGAAAUCGUGGGCAAGUUGAAACCGUAUCUCAAGAAAAGAAUCGGCCUAGACUCGACCUUCAUGCCCAUCUCGGCGCAGACAGGUGUCGGCGUCAAGGACCGAAUCCCCGCUACAGUUGCCAAUUGGUACAAUGGCCCGUCGUUGCUUGAAUACCUAGACAACCUCCCGCAAAUCCAACGAAACGUCAAUGCUCCGUUCAUGAUGCCGGUGGGUGCCAAAUACCGAGAUAUGGGCACCAUGAUCGAAGGGCGAAUCGAGGCUGGCGUGGUCCAAAAGAACUCGAAUUACAUUAUGAUGCCAAACAGAGAGGAAGUCGCCAUUGCGGCACUCUAUGGUGAGACCGAGGAAGAGAUCCCGUAUGCGAUGACCGGCGAGCAAGUGCGCAUGCGUCUGCGAGGCAUCGAAGAAGAAGAUAUCAUGCCAGGGUUUGUGUUGUGUUCGCCGAAACGUCUUGUGCACUGUGUCAACGAGUUCGAAGCACAAAUCAGCAUUGUUGACCUCAAGUCUAUUCUGUCGGCCGGCUUCAACUGCGUCAUCCACGUCCACGCCGCAACGGAAGAAGUCACCUUCGCGUCGCUCUUGCAUAAGCUUGAACCCAAGACCGGGCGCAAGAGCAAAAAGCCUCCGCCAUUUGCGGCCAAGGGUCAGAACAUCAUCGCCCGGCUCCAGGUGACGAGUGGCGGAGGUAAGAUUUGCGUCGAGCGGUUCGAAGAUCAUCCCCAGCUUGGCCGAUUCACGCUUCGAGACCAAGGCCAGACAAUCGCCGUCGGCAAGAUCACCAAGUUGAUCCUAGAUGAGUAA